CGUUACGUCCGGUGCGUCCUCAGGCUGACGCAGGCGCGCCUUUGUCGGUCCCUCUUGCGGUGCCCAUUGGGUUGGCUGCGGCACGUCCCCCCGCGACCCUCCCUCCGGAAGUGUGGACACUGCCACUGGGGCUUGGUUGCCGCGGGUGAGCGGGGCCGGGUGGGUCCGGGCUGCGACCGGGGCUUCGGGGCGCUGCGCAUUCUCCUGUCCUCACGCUCAGGAUCUCAAGCCUGGGACAAUGGUGUGCAUUCUCUGCAUCGUCAUUCCAGUUCUGCUCUGGGUCUACAAAAAGUUCCUGGAACCAUAUAUAUACCCUCUGAUUUCCCCCUUUGUUAGUCGUAUGUGGCCUAGGAAAGCUAUACGAGAAUCCAAGGAUAAAAACAAAGGCAAAAUAGACUGUAAGGGUGCAGACAUAAAUGGAUUACCGACAAGAGGACCAACGGAAACCUCUGAUAAAAAGAAAGACUAAAGUGAUGGUCCCAAAGGAUCUCAUUGUUUUAAAAAUAGAUCUGAUAGUCUGAAGCACCUUCUUUGUACUUGUCUCUGAUCUUUUUCCCUGAAACCAGAAUUUGGGUUAGAUAGUUUAGAUAUUUACCUGACACUAAUCAGGAAAUACCUGGUAUUUGUAUUUAAAAUGUAGCUAGUUAUAUUUAAUGACCUCAUUCCUGAGUUCCUUUUUCAUUAAAGUAGCUUUCAUUUCUUUUAUUGCAGUUUUAAAAAUAAGAAUAAAGAAAAGGUUCGUGCCAGUAGACACUGUUACUAAAUCAGUCCCUAAAAAUCCUUGGGCCUCUAGCUUUUAUUCAGGCUCUUCAAAUUUGAAGAGUGAGUAUAAUUUUACUGUGAAAGAGUGCAGUGAGACUGUGCAGUGAAAUGAAAGGUAGUUUUUGGAGAUGAUAAUGACUUGAAACAUAAAGAUGUAAUUACUGUCUCACUCAAUGGAGCAGCUUAUCUAUGAGAGUAGUAAUUACUGUUUAUUGCUCUGAGGAAGAUAGAAAAGACAGGGAAAUGGGGUAACCUCUCUGAAAAAUGGAACAUCUUUUACGUAAAUUGCUAAUGUAUAUUAUAAAAUUCUAAUUCUUGUAGCAUUCCUUCUGUUCCUACGGAUGUAUUAAAUAUUCAGUUUA